GUCAUGAGCAGCUGCCAGAGAAAGAGGGAGCGAGAGAAAAGAACACCAACAGGCAAAAGCAGGAGGCAGAACCACAGAGAGAGACGGAGUAAAGGACAAUAAAAGCAGUUCGAGGGAAUAGUGAAGCAGCUGUAAUGGAAAUACAGGUCAGUUGCAGUGAACCGCCUCCGUGCGACCCCCAGCCAUCUGGAAAGAUCAACAAAGCUGCUUUCAAACUGUUCGGCAAGCGCAGGUCCGGCAGCGGUAUGCCGAGCAUCUUCUCCAUCAGGAACAAAGGGGACGCAACUGACAAGGAGCUCGUUAGAAGCAAAACCCACGAUGGCUUGACAACAACAGAUGAGCUGUCCGAGUUGGAGGGCCGUGGAAAGAAAGAGUCGGCCAGCAGUGACCGUCUGAACAGUGCCGCUGCUGCUCCUGUGUGUAGUGCUAUCACCAAGUCUUUCAGUUUCUUCUCCUUGCUGCGGCGCAAUAGCUCUCGCAUUAGUGACAGGGCGGCUACUCUGGGGCAAAGAGGACGCGGGCUGAAGGGGCUGUUCAACAGCAUACGCUGGCGCCGUAAACCUCCAUCGCGUGACAGUUCAAUCGAAAUCCAAGACAUCGUCAAAGAAACGAAAGGAGUUGAUCUGAUCUUGUCCUGCAGUUCCAAAAACGUGGACAUAGAAAACGUGACGCUUACCCUGGAGCCGACGAUACAAAUAUUACAAGACAAUGCUGCGACCUGGAAGAAACCCUCUUUGCAGAAUAGUAAUGAGGAAUGUGUGACGCGCUCAUCUGCUCUCAUGCAACCAGUUGCUGAGGAGUCUCCAGCUCCAUCUCCACUCACUGUUCAAACACAGGAACAUCUCCGAGCCAAACAUGGUAGUCCAGCCCAUCGUGCUUCCAUGACACCACCGCAGGAUCACAGCUCAGUUGACCCACCAUCUGAGGAUCGCCUGUGCUCCAUGUUCACUGAUGUCACUUCGCUCAAAAGCUUCGAUUCAUUAACUGGUUGUGGAGACAUCAUCGCUGACCCAGAAGAGGACUCCGGGAACGGAGGCAGCGUCACCAGCAGUGGAACGGGAAGCAGCAACGGGGGCCUUCAAGUAAGCACUGAGAGAUGUUCCCCGGCCAAACCUCCCCUUCCUCCGCAAGUGACGGGUCUAAUAUCAAUGUCCGCAUACACUCCGUCCCGUCAUCGAGUCUGUCCACCGACUAAAACUCCACAGGGCAGCGGGAUAGUAGCCUACAUGGGUGGUGGGGAGGAAAUGGCCAGUCCGGAAGGUGUAGAUGAUGCGGAUAUGCAAGGACUUUGGCACAUGCUCCCUCAGAAAGGGGAGGAUUCCCCAGCUCUACCUCACCUGCCAACUCGGCAGGACAAAAGACCUCCUCAGGUAAAAAGUCUGGGGCUUAGUAAAAUUCCUGUGAGUGGAAGCAGCAGAGUAGGCAAACAGCAGCAGCAGCUGACUCGCCCUUCUCCUCCACCCAUUUUUAAAGAUCUCCAGGACGUCCCACCCAGUGAUGAGGGCUACUGGGACUCUCCGACACCCGGACCAGAGGAUGAGGACAGCGGCUUCCUGCAGCGCGAAGGCCUCCUGAGGGAUAGCUGCUCAGGAGAUGCGCUUUAUGACCUCUAUGACCUCGACAGUCCUGGCACUGUCGGCUCAGAUGACGAUGACACGAUUUCACCGACACCUUCGACAGGCGACCUGAAAAUGACCCCGCCUUCUCAGAAUCCGUCUUGCUCUUCCUUCCGUUCCAUAAGGGGCAGCACAAGUCUUCCACGAGAGUCCAAGAUUCCCAUCAGCGUGAGACAAAAGCCACCUUCUCACUCUUCCAGCCAAGGGGCGUUGUCCUCUCCAGUCAGCCCGACUUCCAACAACCCUUCUGACGCUUCCUCAAAGACUGACACGCCGCCUCGCACCCGUAUUCCUGUCUCCAAGGUCCCAGUCCGAUCCUCAGGCAACAAAAACGCAAAGGUGCCACAAAACAGGAAGGAGAACUGAUCAAAAUAUAAAGUUUCAGGCCAAAAUGACUGUAUUUUGAUACGAAUAAUAAUCCCACAGUCCACCGAGGACAUUGCACCUUGAAUUUUUUCUGCACUGAUAACCUGUACUGUAACCUGCCACAUAUUACAAUAUUACACAUAACAUAAUUAGUGCACAUGUAGAAAGGAUGUAAAACGAUCACACAACUUCACUACUUAACUUGUGCAAAAAAAAAAAGUGAUGAGUUUAAGAAUGUUUUGGAAAGAAAUCUUUCAUCUCCACUCGUCCCACCCAACAACUUUCUGAAUCAGCAAAAAAUGAGAGCAAAGAGUCUUUGGCUUGACUUCACACACACACACACACACACACACACACACACACACACACACACACACACACACACACACACACAAAAAAAAAAAACCCUUCAUGGAAACACAGCUGCAAAUGUUGUCUCUCUGGGAAUUACAAAAAAUAGUCAGGAAAAGCACUUCAAAUACCCGGAAACCAAACUCCUUAACCAGGAUCAGGGAAUGCAAUCUUCGUUUGAGGAUUUUUUUUUUUUUACCAAUUGAAAUGAUUUCCUAAAACAAAUGUCUUUUUUUUAUAGCUUGAGCUCUUCCUGACGUCUUUCGUACUCUUUUUUCUAUAAGAAAAGCUUCACUGUGUGGACACUAAUUAUUCUGGGAUUUUAAAACACAAAAAAAUGUAGGCUGUAUUAAAAAAAAAACCAUGCUAACGGUGGCUUCCACAUCACUUUGAUUUUGAUUACUUACUACACUGGAGAUCUGAAUGUAGCACAUCAUCACAACAACAGAGAGAGAGAGAGAGAGAGAGAGAGAGAAGCCUGAGGGGUCAUAGGUCAACCGUUUUGCCGUCCUCAGGGACACUGUAGUCUCUCAUCAUUCUGGAUUUCUUUUAAAGGAGCUUUAGGGUCCAAACAAACAUUAGCACAAUAAUGUCACCGUCAAUACUGAAUGUUUUUCUACGGUUAUUUUUUAGAAUCAUUAUCGAGUCUCGUUUGCUUUAGUCGUCACAACUUUUUCCUGUCAUUUAUUUUGCCCCUUUUUAAAAUUCUGUUUCACUAAUUUAUGAAUAAAAACAUGCUGUGAGUACAACGA